AUGCCUCGACUUGUACACCACGUCUCUGGUGCGGAUUGGGCUGCAAUGGGCCCCAAAUCCCCAACCCAGCAAUUUUUCAAGCAUUACGUCGACACGGUUGAUGCAAACGGCUUCAACAGCGGUUCUGGUACGCGAUUCUAUGCUAAAGACGCCAUUUUUCACAACCAAAACAACGCACAAUACAACGGAGGAGAUGAGAUGUGGGCAUUCAUGAAGCAACUGUUUGGCCUAUUCCGCAAGAUGAGGCACGACUUCAUUAACGUCUUCGAAAUCGAAAAUGACGAUGGUACCAUGCAGCUUAUCUCGCAAAAUGUACGCAACAUUUGGAUGCCAGACAAUGAGACUGAUCAGCCAUCUGUUAGUAUCCCAAUGAGCUGGAUCUGCCGGAUCGGUCCUGCCGAUGAGAUGGGUACUGUCAAUGGUCUGCAAUAUAAGGAGGUUUGGCUCUACUGGGAUACAGCUUUGCUUGCGCCUGUUCUGCCGCAAGAUGCCGUGGCCUUCCAAGCAAGGAAUAUCCUGGAGAAGGGGAAUGCUUCAGUAGUAUAG